ACGAAGCGUAAUUACAAGUUGUAACAUGAUUGUGACAACGUUGCUGUUGCCUACUGCCUGUUCACUUGCUGUCUACUAUUUAUUCUCGCGGCUUGUGUUUAGGUGCUGCAGCGGGACCUCUGCGAUACAGUUAUCCAAUUGGCAGUGAGCUCACCUGAUUGCGGAGAGUGAUAUUACUUGUGCUGCAACAAGGGGUCAUUCCGUCCGGAGACCGAGAGAGGAUCACAGCGCGAUCAAAGGAGCACUACAGUGAACCAGAUAAUUUAUCGAGCCUGUUCUUGCCGGUAAAUAACGAUGACCAGCGAGCAAAGUAAACCGAUCGCGUUGGAUGAGCGGGAUGCUCAUUCGUUUUUUUGUAUGUUUGGAAGGUACGAGCCAGCGAUGGCUUUGGGGAUUAUUGUGAUGUUAUCUGUGUGGGCUUUGUUCAUCGUCCUACAUAGAACUAUGAGGGGUCAAAGAAGGAAAAAGGAUGAAAAUUCCGUAGAGACAGAAGUGAGGGAAGUUGAGAAAACGACAAUCAAAGAAGAACGAAUUUGCCACACUGAGUCAACAGAGAACCUAAGCGAAGAUGUAUCCAAAGCCCAGGACAAUAGUAUUGGGGAACGUGGUGGAGUUGUUUCAUUGCCACAUGAUCCUGGUCUCUGUGAUGGAGCACUUGAUGAGCUCACCUGGACUGUUAUUGGAGAGUAUCAGACAAAAGCUGUUCCUGAGUCUCAUGACAAUGUGAAGGCAUGCUGGGACAUCCCUCUGAAACACAAAGUCAAAGAACUUGCUUCUGAGAACCAAAAGUCUCUUAAGGUACCUGCAAGCAAUACAGAAGUAGAAAGAAAUCUGCAUAAACAUGUUUGUGACAAUAUGGAGUCUCUUCUUGACCAUUUUGAUCAUGACAUAGAGACAGAAAAGAAGGCCGAGUUCCUGUAUUCAAAUUUGAGCAGCCUGCCUGACCUGAAAUCUGAGAAGAUGAGGUUAAGCAUCAUGGAACAAUCCAUAAAAAAUAGGCAUGAUUAUCUGGAUAACAAUGAUCACCGAUGCAGCAGCCAACAGAAUGAUUUGUUAAACAGUGUAGGUGACAGUUCGAUGUUCCAGGAAAAGAUACAUAUAGACAGCAAGAGGAACUGCCAGCUGGAGGAGACCUGUAGAAUAACAGAGAUAAAUGUCAUGGAGACAACUGUGAAAAGCCAUCAGGAAAUUCUGACUGACUAUCAACAUCUGCGUGAACACUGUGAACAUCUGAGCAACUUUCAUUACCACGGACUCCUCAACUGUCUCCAUGAGCGUGACAGUGACCGUCAUCAGCCUUUGAGCGACCCAUCUCAGGUGAAUGCUGCUGGUGAAAUAUCUGACAGUAAGGUGAAGAGCCGGGACGGCAGUAUGACCCAGCCCCCAGAGGACAACUAUGAGAAAACCGAGAUAAACAUUAUGGAAGCCACCAUGGACUACAACGAGUGGAUGAAUGGGAGCACUGUGGAAAUGAAUAAGAUGAUCUGUUCAUCUGGGAAAAUUCUGAAUGGCACAGGUGGUUUGGGGGAUGUUGGGACGGCAGAGCAGUGCCUUCAGAAGUCAGCUGAUUCUAACUUUGCAAAAAUCAGCAUUACAAAGGAAUCCGGUGCCACCUUCACCUUGUUCGACGGAGACCCCACGGCUGAGAGGGCAGCAGCUGUUCAGCCUAUGCACCAAAAAGUUGCAGUGAGCUUCUGUGUGCACUACAUUACCCACUCUCCUUUGCAGCUCCUGGCUGUGACAGGGAACCAGCAGGCACUGGGAAACUGGGAGAAGUUUGUCCCACUCAGGAGUGCUAAGGAUGGUUUCUGGGCCAAUUCUGUCGCCCUCCCUGCUGACAGUCAUGUGGAGUGGAAGUUUGUGGUGGUGGAAAAUGGAAGGAUCCAUCGCUGGGAAGAGUGCAGUAAUCGUCAGCUGCAGACUGGUUAUGAAGAAGUCAUCCACCUGCACAAGUGGUGGGGCUGUGCCUGAUCAUCAGGGAUCUCACUGAUGUAAAGCACAAUGAAGCAGUUAUAGCGCUUACACAUUACUCAAAGUGGGCGAUGGUCCAUAAUGCCACAUUGCCCCUGUGUAUUCGGCAAGUCAGCUGUUAUGGCAAAUGCAAUAAUAAUUACUGCUGUAACCCUUAUUAUGCUAUUUGAAAUUUGCAUGGUAUUAAGUAUGGGAAUCAAACAAAUAUAAAUCAGUACAUUAUCACAAUGAGCAAUAAUGUAUAGAACUACAUGUAACUUAGCAUAUGAAUAAUUAUAUAUUAAAUGGACUGUGUAUAGAAAUAUCUAUGAUUAACAUGAAUAUUUUUGUAAAUGAAUUAUAUAAAAUUGUCCUCUUAAAAUUGUUGUAUUUAUUUUGAAAUGUAUAGUCUACGGUAUGGACAAUUCCAUUUUUUAAGUGCUCAGUAUGCGUUGUCUAUCUGUCUGUCUGUCUGUCUGUCUGUCCACAAGUAUAUUUCAAAUUGGCGUCCUCAUUGAUUCUUAUUCCUAUACAAAAUAAUUGACCUUAUUUAAACAUAUCUAGAUCAAAUAACAUCCAGCUAUAGUAUAUAAUGGCGUUUAUAUAUCUAUGACAGCAUUGCAUUUGGACAUUUGGCAUUAGUGUUUUGAGCAUUUGUGUAUGCUGUUUCCACAAAUCAGCCAUAACUGGGCCAGCACAAUAUAACAUUGAAUAUAAUAAACAAGAAGGUAUGCAAUUUUUAUGACACUUCUUUAUUUUUGACCUUGCCAUUAAACAUGGCAGCUAAAUGCCAGCUAAGCUUUGUAAUCCUUUAAUUAUUUUGCCAAAUACACUGCUGUUGAUUUUAACAUGGAAUAUGUGCAUGCAUAUUUAGUAUUAUUUUAUUCUUUAAAAUAUAUUUUAUAAUCAAUAUCUGUAAUCACUGGCAUUUUGAAGCAAAGGGAAAAAGUUACAUAAUACUACUCUAUUUUUCAUUAUAGAUAUAAGCAUUUUUUCUGUGUUAAGAUGCAAAAAUCUGAAAGAGAUCUCUGGAUAAUGGAUAUAUAUGCAAUUUCUUUAAGAAGAUAUCUUUUUAUUUUGGCAAAAAAUACAUUUAAUAAAUGCACUUUGAAACCUAA